AUGUCGUCCUCGUCUCUUCCUCAGCCUGUGCCCCCAUCCUGGAAGGACCUCGGAAAGUCGUCCAACGACCUUCUCAGCAAAGACUUCCCAAUCAACGGAACCCAGCUUGAGGUCAAGACUACGACGCCCUCCAACGUCGCCUUCAAGGUCAACGGCACCCGUGACACCAAGACCUCUCUCAUUGCCGGAGACAUCGAGGCGAAGUACACCGACAAGCCCCAUGGUCUUGUCUUCACCCAGGCGUGGACGACUUCCAACACGCUCCGCACCCAGGUUGAGCUUGAGAACCAGAUUGCCAAGGGUCUUAAGGUCGACUUGAACACCGCACUCACCCCGGACAGCGGCUCCAAGACCGCGCUCCUCACUACCACCUAUAAGCAGCCGGGUCUCCACUGCCGUGCAUUCCUUGACCUCUUCAAGGGCCCCAUUUUCACUGCGGACACCGUCCUUGGCCGAGAUGGCUUCCUCGUCGGUGCUGAGGCGUCGUACAACGUGACGGAGGGCAAGGUGACGCGCUACGCGACCGCGAUUGGUUUCAGCGCGCCUGAGUACGCUGUGACUGUCCACGGCCUCGGUAACCUGAGCACCUUCGCUGCGAGCUACUAUCACCGAGUCAGCCCCGACGUCGAGGCUGGUGCCAAAGCCAUCUACGACACCAAGGCGACUACCCAGGGUGUAAGCCUCGAGGUGGGUGCUAAGGCAUACCUUGACUCUGCAGCAUUCUUCAAGGCAAAGAUUAACAACUCGGGUAUUCUUGCUCUCGGCUACACUCAGGCUCUCCGCCCCGGUGUGCGCGCGUCCUUCGGUCUUGCUCUCGACACACAACGACUGAACGACGUGACACCCGUUGGCCCCGCCCACAAGGUCGGCGCGAGCUUCACGUUCGAGGGCUGA